UUGACCCGGUAGCGAAUGUAGGAGGGUCAAUCGGGUCACAAGCAUGUCGUGGAGGGGAUGUAUUUUAAGAUUGGCUAGGGAUGACAUUAUUUGUAUGGCAAAGAGAGGAAACAGAAUCACCCUCAACACUCAACAGAGAUGUGGCUUCAAGAAAGCAGUGAAGGAGACAAAGACCAAGAAGGGGGUCAUAGAGGAGACGGGGCCCUCACACACAGAGCCCAGUGAAGGGCUCAUCCACAAGAGGGGUGCGUCUCCCCUCGUGGAGCCCUCAGUGGCAUACACACACUCCAGGAGCUUUGGCAGACUGGUCAAGCCCCUGGUGUUCACAAUAGGGUUUACAGGCUGUUCAUUUGGCACAGCGGCCAUCUGGCAGUAUGAGUCACUGAAGUCCCGGGUCCAGAGCUACUUUGACGAGGUCCGGGCCGACUGGUUGGAGAAACUACGGCCGCAGAAACAGGGGGAUCUUCGCAAAUGGAUCAACCAGUGGUGGAACAGCUUGAGUGAGGGCCAACGCACUGUUGCAGGGAUCAUAGCUGCUAAUGCUGUGGUGUUUUGCUGUUGGAGAGUGCCAUCCCUCCAGCGCUCUAUGAUCAAAUACUUCACAUCCAACCCUGCCUCCAAAACCCUGUGUUUCCCCAUGCUCCUGUCCACGUUCAGCCACUACUCCUUCUUCCACAUGGCGGCCAACAUGUACGUCCUCUGGAGCUUCUCCUCCAGCAUCGUCUCCAUGCUAGGCAGGGAGCAGUUCAUGGCCGUUUACAUGUCUGCAGGUGUUAUUUCUACGAUGUUCAGCUAUGUAUGUAAGACAGCCAGCGGGCGCUUAGGUCCCUCUCUUGGAGCGUCAGGAGCCAUCAUGACAGUCUUGGCUGCCGUCUGUACCAAAAUGCCAGAGGCUAAGCUGGCAAUUAUCUUCCUCCCGAUGUAUGCUUUCUCUGCAGGCAAUGCAUUGAAAGCCAUAGUAGUCAUGGACACAGCUGGCCUAGUUUUAGGAUGGCGGUUCUUCGACCACGCGGCCCAUCUAGGCGGAGCUCUUUUUGGCAUCUGGUACAUCAUGUAUGGCCACGAGCUGAUAUGGAAGAACCGCGAGACCUUAGUGAAGGUGUGGCACGACCUUAGGACAAAGGGUCCUAGUGGGGGAGGAAAUGGUGGCAGCGGCCCCCAGUAGAGCGCACUGGACUGGGUGAAUGCAUGUGGAUGGACUGGCCUUGGCUGAUGUGUAAAUUACCAGAUUACAGAAGAGUGUCAAUAGCAUCAACAGCCUUGCUGGCCACACAAACCAAAGCCCAACUCUCCAUUUACCCCCAACACACAAGCUCUGUUUGUCUCUCACUCUCUGUCUCUCAUAAAAAUGCCAUUUGCAUUCAGUGCUCUCUCGCUUUCUCUCUCACACACACACUACAUAAUAAUGCAGGGAUUUUGUGUGUUUUUGAGAGAAGAGGAGAGGACACACUGUUGAGUUACACUGGCCUGUAUUCACAGUGUUGAUCUAGGAUUAGUUUAGCCUUUUAGAUCCUAAUGAUUAUAGGUGAAUACGGAACCGGGAGCCUACAGGUCACCAUUAUUUCCCCAAAUGCUGAGGUGGAGGACUAAACCCUAAGAUACGAAAACCAUACGAUCACGAAACCCCCUCCCACUGUCAGUUCAGGGGAUUGCUAGAGAGCUACAUUGCAUUCGGAAAGUAUUCAGAUCCCUUGACUUUUUUCACGUUUUGUUACGUUACAGCCUUAUUCUAAAAUGUAUUAAAUUGUUUUUUUUUCUCAUCAAUCUACACACAAUACGCCAUAAUGACAGAGCAAAAAGUUAGUUAAAAAAAAAACAUUUAUGCAAAUAUAUUGGAAGUAAAAACAAAUUGUUCUUUUUUUUUAAAGAAUUUAAAAAAAUAUCACAUUUACAUAAGUAUGCAGACCCUUUACUCAGAACUUUGUUGACGCAGUUUUGGCAGCGAUUAUAGCCUCGAGUCUACUUGGGUAUGACGUUAAAGCUUGGCACACCUGUAUUUGGGCAGUUUCUCCCGUUCUCUGCACAUCCUCUCAAUCUCUGUCAGAGUGGAUGGGGAGCGUUAUUGCACAUCUAUUUUCAGUUCUCUACAGAGUUGUUCGAUCAGGUUCAAGUCCGGGCUCUUGCUGGGCCACUCAAGAACAUUCAGAGACUUGUCCCGAAGCCACUCCUGUGUUUUCUUGGCUGUGUGCUUAGGGUCGUUGUCCUGAUGGAAAGUGAACCUAAGCCCCCAGUCUGAGGUCCUGAGCGCUCUGGAGCAGGUUUUCAUCAAGGAUCUCUCUGUACUUUGCUCCGUUCAUCUUUCCCUUGAUCCUGACUAGUCUCAUAGUCCUUGCCGCUUUAAAACAUCCCCACAGUAUGAUGCUGCCAACCACAAUGCUUCAGGUGCCAGGUUCCCUCCAGGCGUGACAAGGCCAAAGAGUUAAAUCUUGGUUUCAUCAGACCAGAGGAUAUUGUUUCUCAUGGUCUGAGAGUGAUUUAGGUUUCUUUUGGCAAACUCCAAGUGGGCUACCAUGUGGCUUCCAUCUGGCCACUCUACCAUAAAGGCCUGAUUGGUGGAAUGCUCUAGAGAUGGUUGUCUCUCCCUUCUCCACAGAGGAGCUCCAAUCAGGUUCUUGGUCACCUCCCUGACCAAGGCCCUUCUCCCCCGAUUGCUCAGUUUGGCCGGGUGGCCAGCUCUAAGAAGAGUCUUGGUGGUUCCAAAUUUCUUCCACUUAAGAAUGAUGGAAGCCACUGUGUUAUUGGGGACCUUCAAUGCUGCAGAAAUGUUUUGGUACCCUUCCCCACAUCUGAGACUCAACACAAUCCUGUCUCGGAGCUCUACGGACAAUUCCUUCGAACUCAUGGCUUGGUUUUUCCUUUGACAUGCACUCUCAACUGUGGGAUCUUUUUUUUAUAGACAGUUGUUCCUUUCCCAAUCAAUUGAAUUCACUACAAUUUGAAUUUGCCUCCCAAGUUGUAGAAACAUCUCAAGGAUGAUCAAUGGAAACAGGAUGCACCUGAGCUAAAUUUCGAGUUUCAUAGCAAAGGGUCUGAAUACUUAUGUAAAUAUGGCAUUAGUUUUUUUACUUGUAAUACAUUUGCAAAAAUGUCUUGGCCUAUUUUUUCUUUGUCAUUUUGGGGUAUUGUCUUUUUUUUCUCUUUUUUUUUACCUUUAUUUAACUAGGCAAGUCAGUUAAGAAAAAAUUAUUAUUUUCAAUGACGGCCUAGGAACAGUGGGUUAACUGCCUUGUUCAGGGGCAGAACGACAGAUUUGUACCUUGUCAGCAUGGGGAUUUGAACUUGCAACCUUUCGGUUACUAGUCCGUGUGUAGAUUGAUUGGGGGGGAUUAUUUAAUCCAUUUUAGAAUAAGGCUGUAACAAAAUGUGGAAAAGGUGAAGGGGUCUGAAUACUUUACAAAUGCACUGUACAGUGUCAAAACCAAUGAUGUCACAUCUACAUUUGUUUUAUAUGAUACACGUGUAUAUGAUGUCUACAGUCAAAAGACUCAUUAUUCUCUGACCUCUGCACACCCCAAAUGUUUUUAUUUUUGCGUGUGAAAUGAUGGUGUUUGUUUCGCACCUCUUGUUUAUAAUUUCAUCCAGCUAUGAAAAUGGAAGAUAAUGGACUUAAACACUGAGUAUACAAACCAUUAACAACCUCCCCUGCCCUUUACCCUCACAACAGUCUCAAUUUGUCGGGCAUGGACUCUGCAAGGUGUUGAAAGCGUACCACAGAAAUGCUGGCCAAUGUUGACUCCAAUGCUUCCCACAAUUAUCUAGUUGGCUGGAUAUCCUUUGGGUGGUGGACCAUUCUUGAUACACACGGGAAACUGUUGAGCGUGAAAAACCCAGCAGCAUUGCAGUUCUUGACACAAACCAUGGUGCCUGGCACCUACUACCAUACCCCGUUUUAAAGGCACUUAAAUCUUUUGCUUGCCCAUUCACCCUCUGAAUGGCACACACACACAAUCCAUGUCUCAAUUGUCUCGAGGCUUAAAAAGUAUUAUUUAACCUCCUCCCCUUCAUCUACACCGAUUUGAAGUGGAUUUAACAAGUGACUUGAAGGGAUUAUGGCUUUCACCUGGUCAGUCUGUCAUGGAAAGAGCAGUUCUUUAAUGUUUUGGAGAUUCAGUGUAUGCACAGGAAUAUUUGUUUUUGAUUUAAUCAUUUUUGUUUGUUAUUGGAACCAAAUAAAAGGUUUAUUUAAAAAAUAAAUAAAAAUGUGUCUUGUGUUCCAGGCUA